AUGGAAUUUAUUUUUAAUACAGUUGAUCAUCGUCAACUUCAUUCGCUAUCACUUGUCAAUUUUCAACAAGAACCACUUUUACAAUAUUUAACAAGUGAUGUAAUAUUUUGUCGUGUUCUUAGUGAUCAAAUAACUCAUCUUAAAGUCGAAAUCACAGGUGGCAUAAUAGUGAAAUUAUCGAAUGGAAAUGAACUGAAUUUAUUUACAUUGAUAUUAUUUUUGUGUAAACAUCUAAAGGAUUUGACCAUUGAUCAAUUGUUUGGUGACAGAAGUGUAACCGAUUCUACUUUUAAUUUAACAUCAAUGUGUCCUAUAUCUUUAAUUCUAACUAAAAUGAAAAUUAAUGUCAACACUUUUGAUGACUGUCUAUAUAUUCUUAAUGGACAUUUCGAAUGUUUGUCGACAUUAAUCAUUGAUAUAUAUAAAAUCUCGGAUUCAUCAUCAAAUAUAGAUAACACAAGCAAACUACUCAAAUUAAAAUGUUUCUCAUUAAUCUCGUAUUUUCAAACAUAUGCUUAUGACAAACGAAUUGUUCCACUACUUCGUCGAAUGUUAAAUCUCGAAGAAUUGACAUUACUUAUCGCAAUAGUAAGAAUUAAAUUGUCUUAUAUCGAUGGUACUCAUUUAUACAAUGAUUUUCUUGUUCAAAUGCCACGGCUAAACAAAUUUACAUUCAGUAUAAACACUCUUGUUUACGAUAAAGGUGUUAAAAUUGAUCUUUCAUCGAAUGACGAUAUUCAAAAUAGUUUUAUCAAAAUAGGAUAUCAACAUCUGGAUUCAUAUGCCAAUGUUAUGAAAACUGGAGGCAGAUGCCAUGCAUAUUCACUUCCAUAUCAAUUCGAUACUUUUUUACAUCUAACCAACUCGUUUCGUCAUGGUAAUUUCUAUAAAGUUCGAUGGCUGCUUAUGAAUGACGCACAUUCAUUUGAACAUGAAUUUUUUAAAAUAAUCUCUCAAGAUUUUCCAUUUCUGCAACGAUUAAGUGUGAAUAAUUUUCAACCACAAAAGAACAAGCAACAUUCAUCUACAUUGAUUACGUUUGCUGAAGUUUCCGAGCUGAAUCUUAUUUUCGCACAUACUGAUUAUGUUGAAGAAUUUCCCUUGGCAACAAACAUUCGUUUACCUCGAUUAACAAUUCUUGGUAUCAAAUAUGAAUCAUUAGCCAUGGUAACAAAUAAUUUUACAAAUAAUGCAGCACGUUUCAAUUGUAGUCAAUUGCAAUACAUUAUGAUACCUGAACCAUUUGUUCGUCCAGAGAAUUUUCAUUCAUAUUUUCCCUUAUUGUAG